GGAAACAGGUUCGCUCGCAACUUCGCUCUCAAUAGCGCGAUUAACGGAUAUUGUUGGUAACAGGCUCGCUCGCAACUGUGCCUGUUAAAAUAUCCAAAAUGUCUUUUAAUGUAUGUAUUUAAAGCACAUGUACUUUUCCUAUGCGGUACAAAAUAGAAGAAAAUGUAUAUUAUUCUGAGAAUGGCAUGGUAUUAUCACUUCGGCCAAGGCUGUAGUUGACUAGCACCAUAUAGCAACUUUAGCAAAUAGCUAUAAUGAAAAAAUUCAUGAUAGAAUGCAACUGAAAAAUACGUUGAGCAGUCCCCAGAAUUCGAUCAAGCACAGUACAGAGCAGUACGGAAGAUAACCACAAAGUAAGUUUCUUAUAUUAUAUUUUGGAUGUAUAAUUACUGAGUGUAUGAAUUAAAUUUGCCUGGCUUACAAGGAGGAUAGCCAACAGCUACAUUUGCUAACGUUAGCUGGGAUAGCUGAAAAGCAAUCUUAGCAUCAACAUAAUUAUCACACGAAAUAUAAAGCAACAGUUCAGGAAAGCCAAAUAUUAUUUAUCUAGCUAGCUAUGGAGAUUUGUUGACUUUGUGCAAUAUGACAACUCAUUUAGCUUUACCUAUCUACUGAAAUGUAGCCUGUCACCCUAUUAUUUUAUCUUGAUGGCUGUCACAGUCAACAUUUUCAGACGGUCCGCCCACUAGCUGUCACUCAAAACGCAAGCAGUACGCCCUCGACCCCGCCCACACAGUAUCCGACCUCCAUAGUAACAUGAUAGAAACAUUUUUGUGAUAUGUCCAAAAGUAUACAUUUUUAUCAUUAAAAAAAAACAUUUUUAAACCAUUUACAAACAAUUUUGCAAUGGUAUAGAAUAUAAAUAAUGAUACAGUAUUUCAAAUUUCUGUCCGACUUUAACCAUUUACAGUUGUGGCCAAAGGUUUACAUACACCUAGGCUAAAGUUAGUGUACAUUUACAUUUAUUUUGGGAAGUCAAUGAGGGCAUCUACUUUGUUCACAUCAGAGGUAAUUGUAAAACAAUUGAUUAGAGACAGAUUUAUUUCAGCUCUAAUUCACUAUAUCAGAAUUCCAGUGGGUCAAAUGUUUGCAUACACCAAGAUGACUGUCUCUUUAAACAGUCUGGAAAAUUCCAGAAAUUGAUGUAAUGACUUUUCAGGAGCCUCUGAUUGGCCAAUUGUCAUAAUUAGAAGUUAAUUGGGAGUUAAUUGGCACCUAUAGCUGUAUUUAAAGCCCUACCUUUAGAGCCACGGCCUUUUUGCCCUUGAUACCACAGGAAAAUCCAAGCAGGACCUCAGAAAUGUCCUCCUUAGGAGCAAUUUCCAAACAACUGAAGUUACCAUAAGCACCUGUACAAACAAUUGUAUGCAAAUAUAAAAAUCUUGAGACCACUCAGACACCGCAUCGUUCAGGAAGGAAGCACAUUAACUCCCAGGUCUGAAUGAACUUUGGUCGGAAAGGUUCAGCUGGCUUGCACGACAGGCUGUCGUGCAAGGAAGAAGCCCCUACUCCAAGACCAGCAUAAAAAAAGCUUGCAGGUGCUCACCAAGACGAAGACCUGGCGUUUUGGAGGCGUGUUCCUUGGUCAGAUGAAAAAAAACCGUUUGGCCAUAAUGAUCGGCGCAAUGUAUGGAGGAAAAAGGUUGAGGCUUUUAAUCAGGAGAACACCAUCCCAACUGUGAAGCAUGGGGGUGGCAGCAUCAUGUUAUGGGGGUGUUUUGCUGGAAAAGGGACUGGUGCACUUCAGAAAAUAGAUGGCAUCACGAGGAAGGAGGAUUAUCUAGAAAUACUGAAGCAACACCAAGACAUCAGCUAGAAAGUUAAAAAACUUUGUCGCAGCUGGCACUUCCAGCAGGACAAUGAUCCUAAGCAUGCUUCCAAGUUGUAACAAAAUGGCUUACAGACAACAAAAUGAAAGUAUUUGGAGUGACCAUCACCAUACCCUGACCUGAAUCCCAUAGAAAAUGUGUGGACUGGACUGAAAAAUCGUGUCUGAGCAAGGAGGCCCACAAACCUGACUGAGUUACACCAGUUCUGUCAUGAAGAAUGUGCAAAAGUAUUGUGAGAAGCUUGUGAAAGGCUACCCCAAGUGUUUUGAUUCAAGUUAAGCAAUUAAAAGGCAGUGCCACCAAAUACUAACGAAGUGUAUUUAAACUUUUGACUCACUGAAAAUCUGAUAUGGUACAUAAAAGCUGAAAUAAAUCUGUCUUUUAGCUAUUAUUUUGAAAUGACCUCUUAUGGAAAUAAAGUAGAUGCACUAAUUGACUUGCCAAAAGAAGUGUAUGGUAACAUGAAAUGUGCGGAGUUGUGAAAAACUGAGUUUGAAUGCCUUUAGCCUAGGUGUAUGCAAAUUUUUGGCCUGAACUGUGUUAGAGGUUAUAAAAAUGAAUUAGCACUCUUCACAUCAAUAACUGCAGAUGCAGUUUUCUCUUACUUUGGACCUUGUGAAAGAAUUUGAUGAUGGUCAGUUUAUUACAUACACAUUUUAGAAUGACAAUUUGCAUAAUUCAGCUUUGGUUAUAUACACAAUAUUUAUAAUAGAUUGCCCGUAAACUCAGUUUAAAAAAUAAAAUGGUAUGAAAGCUAGAAUUUAAGAACUUAUAGCAUUUGAAAUUUAGACAGCAGGUUUAAAAACAAUUUGUCCCUUCUGACACUGUUUACCCCUGGCAGCACACAGUCAUAAGACGUCGUCCUCUUCCAACGAGCCAGAGUACCUGUGUAAGUGGAUGGGUCUGCCCUAUGCAGAGUGUAGCUGGGAGGAUGGAGCGCUCAUUGGCAAGAAGUUCCAGCACUGUAUCGACAGCUUCAACAACCGCAAUAACAGCAAAACCAUCCCUUCCAAAGACUGCAAAGUUUUAAAACAGAGGCCGAGGUUUGUCACUUUGAAGAAGCAGCCAUCUUACAUUGGAGGGGAGAAUCUGGAGCUGCGAGAUUAUCAGCUAGCUGGCCUGAACUGGCUUGCUCAUUCCUGGUGCAGGUGCAACAGUGUGAUACUGGCUGACGAGAUGGGCCUGGGGAAGACCAUCCAGACCAUCUCCUUUCUGUCAUACCUGUUCCACCAGCACCAGCUUUAUGGGCCCUUCCUGCUGGUAGUGCCCCUGUCCACCCUCACUUCCUGGCAGAGGGAGUUCGACAUCUGGGCCCCUGACAUGAACGUGGUGGUCUACCUUGGCGACGUCAUGAGCAGGAAGACGAUCCGUGACUAUGAGUGGGUAAACCAGCAGACAAAGAGGAUACGAUUCAAUGCACUUUUGACCACCUAUGAAAUUCUGCUGAAAGACAAGGGCGUUUUGGGUAGUAUAAACUGGGCCUUCCUUGGUGUGGAUGAGGCACACAGACUAAAGAAUGACGACUCCCUGUUGUAUAAAACCCUGAUGGAUUUCAGGUCCAACCACAGGCUUCUGAUCACGGGGACCCCCUUGCAGAACUCCCUCAAGGAACUCUGGUCAUUGCUGCACUUCCUAAUGCCUGACAAGUUUGAGUCAUGGGAAGACUUUGAGGACGAACAUGGUAAGGGUAGGGAGAAUGGCUAUCAGAGCCUGCACAAGGUGCUAGAACCUUUCCUGCUAAGGAGGGUGAAGAAAGAUGUGGAGAAGUCUCUACCCGCCAAAGUGGAGCAGAUCCUCCGCGUUGACAUGACUGCGCAGCAGAAGCAGUUUUACAAGUGGAUCCUGACUCGGAACUACAGAGCUCUGUCUAAGGGUACUCGUGGGAGCUCUUCUGGAUUCCUCAACAUUGUCAUGGAGCUGAAGAAGUGCUGUAACCACGGUUAUCUCAUCAAACAGCCUGAAGAUGUAGACAGCCCCACCCAACAGGAGCAUCUGCAGAACAUUGUGCGGGGCAGUGGGAAGCUGGUUCUUUUGGAUAAGCUACUAACCAGACUACGGGAGAGGGGCAACCGUGUGCUCAUCUUCUCUCAGAUGGUCCGAAUGCUAGACAUCCUUGCAGAGUACCUGGCCUUCAAACGCUACCCCUUCCAGCGUCUGGACGGGUCGAUUAAAGGAGAGAUUAGAAAACAGGCACUCGACCACUUUAAUGCCGAAGGUUCAGAGGACUUCUGUUUCCUGUUGUCCACAAGAGCCGAAGGCCUUGGAAUCAACCUGGCGUCUGCAGACACAGUUGUCAUCUUUGGCUCUGACUGGAACCCACAGAAUGACCUGCAAGCUCAGGCCAGGGCCCACAGGAUUGGCCAAAAGAAACAGGUGAAUAUUUAUCGUCUGGUAACCAAGGGAACGGUGGAGGAGGACAUAAUUGAAAGAGCCAAGAAGAAGAUGGUGUUGGACCAUCUUGUCAUACAGAGAAUGGACACAACUGGACGCACUGUACUGGACAACCACUCAGGGAACUCAAAGUGAGAGAAUAGAGCGGUCAGGGGCCCUGUCUGCUUCUGGGUGCAGCUAAAACCAGUGUUGAGGUUCAGUGACAUUUC